AUGAAGAGGCUGAGAUCGUACGGUGAAGACGCCGACGAGGACGUCGGUGAGAAGGGGGUUUUUAAGGACUGGCCGAGACGGGAUCAAGAUCCGGAGCGAUUGUCCUCGCAUCGUCGGUUCUACUACAAGACUGACAGCUUGCGGAGAAGCUCGUCGUCAUCGGCCUAUGAUCGGUCUCUUGAUGAUGAUCGGGAGUCUUCCAGAUCUCAGCGGAAGAGGCUUGAUCACGAAGUGGACGGAUUUGAGCGGCGGAAAGGGUUUGAUCGGUACCGGGAUGCCGGCGACCGGCCGAUGCAGGUGUCGUCCUCUCCGCGUGGGCUUUACGGGAGCAGCGACCGUCUGUACCGGUCGGAGAGCUUCUCAGGGCUGAGGAGGGAAUUUCCGAAGGGAUUCAGGUCGGAGAGGGACCGGUCGAGGCGGGAGGGGAGCAGCGGCUUGUCUUGGCGGAGAUCAAUCAAUGGCAAGGAGAAGGAGAACGAGGCUGCUGCUGAUGAGGAGAGGAGAUCACCAGCUGUGGAUUCGGAUUCUGUGGGAAGAGGAGGAAGCCAUGCCACUUCCUCCGAGGAUCAUAGAGGGAAGACAAGGUCCAGGGAAACCUCGAGUUGUGAACAGUCUAGGAAAAAUGAGAUAACGAAGGCAGAGAAGCCGUGCAGAGAUAGCUGUAGCAGUAGCGAGAUGGAAGAAGGAGAGCUCGAACCAGAUCCAGAACCGGAAACUGGUCCUGUAGCUGAACCUUUGCAUGAUACCAAGAUGCGGGUGCGAAGUGAAUCAGAAAAUUGUAAGGAUACAGAAGUUGAAUGCACUGGUAUACCAGAAACAAGUUCCGAGAAGAAAGAAAUCAUAGCUAGUGAAAAUAAGUCCGAUGGUGGGAGUGAUAGUGGUGGGAAGGAAGAAGGGAAGGCAACAGAUGUGGCAAUGGAUGAAGUAAAUGUGGCUGAAGCAAUGGAUGAAGUAAAUGUAGCUGAGCAGGCUCUGGAUCACCAGCAUGAGUCGGUCAAGGAAUUUGAAGAGAAGAAAAGAGAGGAGGGAGAAGGAGAAGGAAAAGAUAACAAUGUUGAUGGUCAUAAAGUAGAAGGUAAAUCACUUAGGGAGGAACAGGGAGUCCUUCAUGUAGAGAGCAUGUCGUCACCUUCCCAAGGCAUGGAAAUGAAAGGCUGCGAUGAAGAGCCGGUAGGUGCAGAGGAAGGGAAAGGAACGGUGCCUUCUGUUUGUCCUCACCCAGAAAACAAAACAAAGGAGGAUAGGGGAGAAAGCCAGGCAGUAGAAGCUGAAACUGAGGGAAGAAAGAAAGAAGAGGCAACUAUAAACCUUGAGGUGGUGCAGAAGGAAGGAAGAGAUAUUGAUCUUGAGGCUGAACCAGAGCAUGCUGUUGGUCCAUUUAAUUCGAGUAAGGAAUUUGUUGGGGAGAGCAAUCGGGAGGAAAUGACUCUGGAGUUAAUGUCAGACAAGCUGAAGGAGGAUUACAAGGACAAGGGCAAGAGCCUAGCAACUUCAAUCUCCAGCCAAGCAAAUUCAGUCAACAUUGGUGAUUCCAUGGAGGGCCCCAGUGGAAGAGGCUUUGAGCUUGUCUUCCGUUCUGAUGUUAGUCAACGUGAGAAAGAACACUGUGGUGGGGUUCUUAUUGGCAAGCAUAAAGAUGAGAAACUCAAAAUGGAGCCACUUGAUCUCUCUCUUAGUUUGCCAGGUGUCUUGUUAGAUCAUACAUCGAAACAGCCAAAGCCAAAACCUGAUUCUCCUAGCCAUGGAAAAAGCAUCCAGUCUUUGCCAUCUUCUUUCUGGACAAACUCAGAUGGUUUCACAACUUCGAUCUCAUUCACAAGUUCUCAGCCAUUGGUUCACAAUCCUAGUUGUUCCCUUACACAGAAUUCAAUGGAUAAUUAUGAACAAUCAGUUGGUAGCCACCCUAUAUUUCAAGGAGUGGAUCAGGUUUCUAAUGAUACCAUAAGGCAUGCUCAGGUUUCAAACGAGACUAAACAGAAGGGAGGAGCUGCCCCACUCUUCCAGAGAAUACUGCUGAAUGGUCAUGCUUUGCAGAAUUCACUUAAUUCUUUGAACGGGCAACAUCAAUUGAAGUCCAAUGGGCCCUCAAGGCAGCCAAGUCUUCCAAGGCAGUUGUCGCCUACACAUAGUCAUGGCUCUCAUGAUACUAGGUCAGAACACAGUAAGGAUAAGAGGGUGCUCACAAGAGAGAGAAGCAGCAGUAGCCUUUUUAAGAGUGAGCAACAAGAAGGUGAACUGCUUGCCCUCAAUGGUGCUGGUGUCAUUGAGAGCAUUGUCUCCAAAAUUGUGGCAGAACCUUUACAUCUAAUGGGCAGGAUGCUUCAAGGAAUGACAGUGCACUCCAUAGCAUACCUGAAGGAAACAAUCUGUGAGAUGAUUACUAGUGCAGAUAAAAGUGGGCAAAUAUGUGCAUUGCAGGAAGCACUUAAGAGGAAGUCUGACGUGACUAUAGAAACACUGUCCAAAUGCCCUCGUGUCCUUCUGGAGAUCUUGGUAGCUAUAAAAACAGGUCUUCCAGAUUUCAUUCGGAGGGCGAAUAACAUCCCAUCAUCUGAUUUUGUUGAGAUAUUUUUAAAUAUGAAGUGCUGCAAUCUUGCUUGCCGGAGUAUUUUGCCUGUUGAUGAUUGUGACUGCAAAAUUUGUUUACAGAAGAAUGGCUUCUGCAGCUCAUGCAUGUGUCUUGUGUGCUCCAAAUUUGACAAUGCAUCUAAUACUUGUAGCUGGGUGGGCUGUGAUAUCUGCCUCCACUGGUGCCACACAGAAUGUGGGUUGCGUGAUUCUCAUAUUAGGAAUGGGCGAAGUUCUACAGGAGCACAAGAGAUGACUGAGAUGCAGUUUCACUGUCUUGCUUGUGGUCAUCGUUCUGAGAUGUUUGGAUUUGUGAAGGAAGUUUUUAAAACCUGUGCCAAGGACUGGAAAGUAGAAACUCUUGCUAAGGAACUUCAGUAUGUGAAGACGAUCUUUACUGGAAGCAACGAUGUGAGGGGUAAAAAAUUGCAUGAUGUAGUGGAGCAGUUGCUGAUGAGACUGGAGGAUAAAGCCAAUCAUUCUGAAGUUGUCAAUUAUGUAAUGACAUUUCUUUCUGAUAGUGAAUCCAAUGUCAGCAGUAGUCCUUCCAUAUUUCCUCCCAAGGGGUCAUCUAGAAAUGAUGCUGAAGGAACCAAUGGAAUAGCUGGUUCAAGCAAAGAAAGAACGAGGUUGCCAUUUGUUCCCCCAGAGAAAAUCCCCCGUCUGGAAACUGCAGGUCUUCUUUCCGUUGUAGAUCAUGAACGAGUAGGUCAGCAGACUAGGGAUGCAGAGGUACAAAUAAAUCUUGAGAAGAAGCCAGUUAUCGAUGAAUUGGAAAGUGUUGUAAAGUUCAAACAGGCAGAGGCAAAAAUGUACCAAGAACGUGCUGAUGAUGCAAGAAGAGAAGCUGAGAGCCUAAAACACAUAGCAAUAGUGAAGAAUGUUAAGAUUGAGGAAGAUUAUGCUAGUCGAAUUGCGAAAUUGCGGUUGGUUGAGGCAGAGGAAAGGCGUAGACAAAAGUUUAAAGAAUUACAAGUUAUUGAAAGGGCACAGGUUGAGUACUUCAAUAUGAAAAUGAGGAUGGAAGCUGAUAUAAAAGAUCUAUUGUUGAAAAUGGAAGCUGCAAAGCGUAACUUCAAUACAUGAAGGGGUCUUAAAACAAGAGUUCUUAAUGCCGGGCAUCCAUAUCAUAUUACUGCAUUUGUAGGACAGCCACAUAAAUAGACACUUCAUAUGAAAGUUGUAAGUUUUAGGUUUUUCUGGCCCCUAUGUAUCACCCUCUUCAUGUUGUUAAAUUUGUAUGGUGUAAACUUAGCUUCUUAGUGUACAAUUUUCCUAUUUCACCUUUUGUCUCGCUAACUGGAUUCUGUACAGUGACAUGCUCCACCCCUGUGCGUGAUCAUUGGUUUCCUAUAUGACAAAAGGAAAUAGGUUCUUAUUUAUCUUAUAUAUUAUCAAUCAUGUGCUUUCUUUGUUUCCCCC